ACAGGGGUUGGUUGUUGCAACUCAUUACAAAUUACAAAUCAAAUCGAGCGAUCAAUUGCUGAAGCCCAGGAGAGAGAAAGAAACCCUUUGUUUGUCUGUCUGUCUGUCACUCUGCAAAUAAAUCCACCAAACCCUCUUCUUAUUAACAACCCAAAGUCGUCUACAGUUGUAAUCACACACACAGAUCUUCAUUCACACUUCCUUAUUAACAACAAACCCACCAUUAAAGCCAACCUUUUUGUUUUUCACCGCCAUUAAUUGUGGCCUUUCCACCUCAAAUCAUUGCUGCUUUUGCUUUGUUGGACAAACAAAAGAAAUUAGGGUUGUUCACCACAUCCUAAUCAAAUCUCAUUAUUCCACUUCAUUCAUUGCUGUUCGAAUAUUAUUAUGCUCCUAUCCAUUAUUAUUGUUCAGGUGUGUAUGAUACAGCUAGUCUCUGAAUCUCAUGAGAAAUGACUGUUUCUGUUAGUGUUAGAGCUAGGGUUAGGGUUUCUAGACUGUUGAGCUAUGGGCUGUGUGUUUGCUAAACAAACGACGUCGUCUUCUGCACCUGCUGCAACUUCUGAGAUCGUCAAGAGAGAUAGAGAUAGAGAUAGAGAUAGUGGAUUAAGUGUUCGUUCUGGUGGAGGUGAAGUGGUAGUGAAUAAUACAGGUGGUGGCGAUGCGGCGGAGGAAUCUGGAGUGGAUCAGAGAGGGGAAAAGGAUCGGAGUUCGAGAAGGAGGCGGUCGAAACCGAAUCCUAGACUCAGUAAUCCACCUAAGAAUGUUCUGGGUGAACAGGUGGCUGCUGGUUGGCCGGCUUGGUUAUCGGCUGUAGCCGGAGAGGCGAUUAAUGGCUGGACGCCGCGCCGAGCUGAUACUUUUGAGAAAAUUGAUAAGAUUGGACAAGGUACAUACAGCAAUGUAUACAAAGCCAAGGACACAAUGACAGGAAAAAUCGUCGCAUUGAAAAAGGUUCGGUUUGACAAUUUGGAACCCGAGAGUGUGAAGUUCAUGGCCCGUGAGAUUUUAAUCUUAAGGCGUCUCGAUCAUCCAAACGUCGUGAAAUUGGAAGGAUUAGUGACAUCAAGAAUGUCGUGUAGUUUGUAUCUUGUUUUCGAGUACAUGGAGCAUGAUCUUGCUGGACUUGCUGCUAGUCCUACAAUCAAAUUUACGGAGCCUCAGGUCAAGUGUUACAUGCAUCAAUUGUUGUCUGGCCUUGAACAUUGUCACAACCGCCAUGUGUUGCAUCGGGAUAUCAAGGGGUCAAAUCUGCUUCUAGAUAAUGACGGGGGUUUGAAAAUUGCUGAUUUUGGUUUAGCGUCCUUUUUCGAUCCGAAUCACAAGCAGCCGAUGACUAGCAGGGUGGUCACACUGUGGUAUAGACCGCCAGAACUUCUUCUCGGGGCUACUGAUUAUGGUGUCGGCAUUGACCUCUGGAGCGCAGGGUGCAUAUUAGCGGAGUUACUGGCCGGAAAACCUAUCAUGCCUGGUCGUACAGAGGUAGAGCAGCUUCACAAGAUUUUCAGGUUAUGCGGAUCUCCAUCUGAAGAAUAUUGGAAAAAGUCAAAGCUUCCACAUGCAACGAUAUUUAAGCCCCAACAGUCGUAUAGACGAUGCAUAAGAGAAACGUUUAAAGAUUUUCCACCAUCGUCAUUACCAACAAUUGAUACCCUUCUAGCGAUUGAUCCAGCUGAACGUUUAACCGCAACAGCUGCUUUGGGGAGCGAGUUCUUUACAACGGAACCUUAUGCCUGUGAUCCUUCGAGUCUUCCGAAAUAUCCACCUAGCAAGGAAAUGGACGCUAAAUUACGCGAUGAAGAAGCUAGAAGACUGAGAGCUGCUGCUAAGUCAAAUGCUGAUGGUGCGAAAAAAGCACGCACACGUGAACGAUCUGCUAGGGCAAUCGCUGCUCCUGAAGCCAAUGCCGAACUGCAAACAAACCUUGAUAGGCGGCGGUUGAUCACACACGCAAAUGCAAAGAGCAAGAGUGAGAAAUUUCCGCCACCUCAUCAAGACGGAACACUCGGCUACACAUUGAGUUCUUCAAACCACAUGCACAUGGAUCCAUCUUUUGAUCCACCAGAUGUUCCAUUCAGUUCAAACUUUUCAUAUGGUAAAGAACCCAUCCAGACUUGGUCCGGCCCGUUGGUGGAACCGGGCCCAAUGAGAAAGUCAUCAAAGAGCAAGACGUCGGGUCGGUCAAAGGAGAAGUGAAUCAAAACACAAGUCAGAAACAUGCAAAUGCUAUUUAUUCAAAACAUUUUUUUAAAGUUUUAAAAAUGAGGAGGUGAGGUAAAGCGUUUUGUUAUUUUUCCAUUGUUUGUAUUGUUUUUUUGGAAUAUGAUGAGAAGAGAAGACCCUGUUAGUCCCAAAGCAAAGCAAAGCAAAGCAAUGUAAAUGUUACUCAGGUGGCCUAUUUUAAAUUUAAAAAUAAACAUAAUUUCUUUUU